CGCGCCGACUUAGACGCGUCAGACAGAAACUGUGAACUAUGCGGGGCAUUUCUCAUAUUUCUGGGCACAAUUCAUUUGCUUCACAGCGAUAAGAAGUUCGGCGCCUAAUCUCAUGUCUGACCGUGAACGGAGCUAUAUUAUCUCCUUGCGCUUAGUUGUCUUAGAGUUUUGCUUUCGGUGUUUGUGAGCGCUGUUUGGAUAUUUUGGCACUUUGGCACAGGACGGGACAUCGUGUGCGCAAAGCUUUGCAAAGGAGUCAACAAGUGACUCUCAUUUGCGGGCAGAAGAGAGACAGAAUGAAAGCUAGAAGUUGCUGAAUGGAAAGUUGUUUUUGACUUUCUGUGUCGUGGCGUAUUUUAAACAAAAAGCUUCGUUUUUUUAAGUCACUGGAGGGUGUGGAGAGGGCAUUUAUUCAUUUCAGAGACAGUGCUGGAGUUUAUUGUCACGAUGAGUGGACCGGUGGUUUUCCAGAUGUGGAUGGUUUUAGUUUUGGGGACGAUAACCGGAGUCGCGAGGGCUCAGGUCUCCACCGCUAAAGUCCUGAGGGGCAACAUCAGGAGAGACGACAGCAAUCGCCUCACCACAGACUUGUACCGCAAAGAGGAAAACAUCACGGUAACACCGGUGGGUGGAGUCAUCCACAGCCCACGCUACCCCAACGCUUACCCACGCAACCUGCUGUUGUCAUGGAAACUGCUGUCACCACCAGGAAGCCUCAUACACUUGGAGUUCGACGGACACUUUGGCCUGGAGGAGGCUGAGAACGGAGCGUGCAGGUAUGACUUUGUUGAAGUGGAGGACCAAUUGGAGACCAGCACUAUAAUUUGGGGUCGCUGGUGUGGGCAGAAGGCACCGCCUAGCCUCAACUCCAAAACCAACAUGCUCAGAGUCACCUUCAAGUCUGAUGAUUACUUUGUUGCAAAGCCGGGAUUCAAAGUCUACUACUCGCUGCUGGUGAGAGAGUAUGACUCUCCUCUGCCUGCAUCCAACACCAACUGGGAGGCUGUCACUAUGCCCGUGUCGGACAGUGGUGGCGGGCAGGUGUCAGCAGCGGUCACACAGGUUCCAUUCUCCUUGGAGGAUUUGGACCGGACCAUAGCUGCCUUUGACACUAUAGAACAGCUUCUCAGAUCCCUGAACCCAGAGACCUGGAGGCAGGACCUGGACACCAUCUACACUCAAACACACAUACAUUAUAGAUCCAGGGCCUAUCAUCUGGCUAGCAGGCAUAAUAAAGUUGAUCUGAACCGUCUCUAUGAAGAUGUCAAGCGCUACAGCUGUACCCCUCGCAACUACUCUGUAAACCUGCGUGAGGAGCUGAGGGCCACCAACGCUGUCUUCUUCCCUCGAUGUCUGCUGGUCAAACGCUGCGGAGGCAACUGUGGCUGCGGAACUGAUAACUGGAACAACGGCUGCACCUGUCAGGCUGCCAAGACAACGCUCAAACUACAUGAGGUGCUGAAGUACGCCCCAGAGGUCACUCUGUAUCAGCGCCAGCGGAGGCCGCGUGUGCGCUGGGUCAUAGAUGAGAUCUUCCUCACACACCAUGAAAAGUGUGAGUGUGCGUGUCCCUCUCAGCCCCCUCGCUGAGACCAUGAGACUGGCACAUGUACCUGGAACUGUUGGACAAGUUUUCCUUCUAUCUAUUUUGCAACGGACUUCAUAUAAUACAAGCAACGCAGAAACACAUGCAGCAAAGAAGAAAGCAUCGAUAAUUUGACUGAUGAUCCACAACUCGUAUCAUGCAUAAUAACACAUGUUCUUGCAAGUAAACCCAAUACCUUCCUCUGUACACAGGGCAAACUUGUUAAUCCAUAACUGCUUCCAGCCAAACACACUUCCUUGCCAUAUCUUCAAAAAGUUAAAAACAGUGGGGCUUCUCCAGAGGAAUUCAUAUCCAGUUCACUUAAGCUUUUUUUGAUUAAAUUAGUUUAAUGGAUGCUAGCUCGAUUGAAUUGAAAUUGAAUUAACUCUGUCAAUUAUGUAAACAGUCUUUUAUUUCUUGGUCAUGUGUAUGCACUGUAUUCAUAUACUUGUGUUUCUGUUUUAAUAAGACUGUUUCUAGAAACUUCUUUUGCCAGGAGCAUAGUGAGAAGAGUGAGCGUGAGACAGACGGAGGGAGGGAGAGGGGUUGGAGGAAGUGUAAACCAAAAUAACACUUUAUCUUGAUGUGAAAUUAGGCGAACCACAACCUUCCAGAUCUCAAUUGCACACUAACGCACUCGCGCACACAUUCGCUCUCAUCUUCCACUCCUACCUAAAGACAAAAACUGCAGUUAUUUAUACUGAAUUCUUCGCUGUUCUAUUUUCCCAUGAAGCCUUCCUUUGUUUUGCACACAUUCCUGACUGCAAAUAUUCACGCUUCCCUUUGUCUGUCCCUCCAUCCGUACGCCUCCCGCUCCUUUUCCUUCUCUCUCACUGACUCUGUCUCUUUCUAACACACAUACACACAAACAUGCACGCACACACACACACACACACACACACACACACAGUCUCUCUCCCAUCACUCAUUCUCUAACACAUCAAAGGAGAUGUCAGAUCAGGCCGCUGCGCUCUGCACAAUUUUCUGAGCGUUCCUGGCAUUCCAACUGCUAACCGGAAUUCUGCUAACACGGAUAAAACCGUGAUCUUCAGACCCGAAACGAAUAACAAAGGAAAGACAGGAGAGACGCUCAGGAAGAGAGACAGAGAGGAAGUUUUUAGGACAUGCAGCAGACAAAAAAGGGACAAUUGUAGAUUACCAGUGCUCCUGGAUGAGAGCUGAGAGAGGAGCCACUUUCAAGAUACAGCACGUUAAAUGAUUGCUGCUCCUUCAGCCUGUUUCAAUCAGCAUGUUCAUGUUUGCAAUUUGCCUGGAUUUUGUCAAGCAGUGUUUUUCAUGCUCAUGAAGAUGCUCAUAUGUAUCACAGUCUGACCCACUGCUCUGCAAGUCUGUAGCAGCGCCACAGUGAAAAAGAGAUCUGUGGGAAUUAGAGCAAUGUUCUUGGUCUCAGCUGAAAAUACAACUGAUACUUAAGUCUGUGUGUGUGUGUGUGUGUAUGUGUGUGUGAGUGCCAGUAUGGCUGUAACAGCUCAGGAAGAGGUCCUUUUGUUUAAGGGGUGGAGGGUUACUGACAGUCUGUGAGAGCUGGCAGCAGAUACAAGCAUGUGAACGGUCGGCAUGUGACUGUGCGUGCGACUGUGUGCAUGUACAGUGCAGUGUGUGUCUAUGUGUGUAGGUAGGUAGACUAUCAAAGCAACAAAGAGAGAGCCCAAACUAACUGCUUAUCAUUUCCAUACACAUGACCCAGCUGUGAGAAAUAAAAAGACGCCAUCAUCAUCACCUCCCAUGUGUCCAACCAUCACACGCUCGGUUACAGGCUGGAUUUACACAGAGAAAAUGGGAUUUUACACACUACUUUUGUUCUAAAGACAGACAAUGAGAAUAACUGGACACUGAGACAAUUCCUCGGUCACAGUGAAACAGCUGUGUGCUGCUUUCAUGUGCAUGUGUGUACUGUAAGUCACGGGUGUUAUUUUUCAGGUGUGGGAUGCAAAACAAUAUUCUGACAGUGUGUCGGGUUGCGUCGUUGUCGCAUUCCAUGUAAUUUAUCCCAGACACCCUCCACAUAUACAGAUAGUCAUUUCUGGCCAUGGUCCAUCUAAAAAAGCAGCCUGACUUAGCUUUCGGUUUCUGUUUUCUUGUGAGGUUGGCUUUCAUUUCUCUCUGCUGCAUUUUUAAAACACACCGAUAAACAAAAAGCCCAUACGAAGCCGGUGAUUCAUUCAAAUUUCACAGAAGAUGGUUGGCUGGCAAAUUAUAUUUCCAGUAGCUAACAAGCCAGAUGGUAAUGUGUCAUUUUCCAAGAUGAGGUUUCUGCAAAAUGUAUAGUUAGUGUACCAACGACUGCUUUAGAGCUUUCAUAUCAAAUCUGCUGCCAACAGGAGAUAUACUGCAAACGUAUGUGAUGAAUGUGUGUGUGUGUGUCGGUGUGUGUUUGCAUGCAUCCUGUGUCUGCCAGCUUGACAGCGCUAUCAUCAGCACAUUUCAUUGUUGCGUGCUCCAAAGUGACAUUCCUCUUUUUCCUUGCAACUGGUUUGUUUUUCUCUUUACAGUAGAACCACAUGUAUUUAAAGCUGCUCGUGUAAUUCUUUGGAUGUCUUCAGUUUAUUCACGUCAACUACAAACAUCAAAACCACACAUCAGACCCAGCUUAGAGAACAUUUCAGAUCAUCAUUCUUUCAAUCACUUAACUUUGAGUUUCAGUUUUCCCUCUGAGGAUUUAAACUGUUGUACUAUCAUAUUCUCAAUGCAAUAAAAGUUGUUGAUGUUAGUUUGAGCGACAAAAAAAAGUCAACCUGCUUUUGCUGUAUUCAGAAAAAUAUUCAUGACAAAUCUGUAUGCCUUACUUAAAUAAUUUAUUGUCUUUCUCUGUUGUUUUAUUAAAAAUAUCAGC